CUGGGCAGUGCAAGUGCUGGGCGGCCCUGCCGCGGCAGACCGCGUGGCCGCGGCGCACGGCUACCUCAACUUGGGCCAGAUUGGAAACCUGGAAAAUUACUACCAUUUUUAUCACAGCAAAACAUUUAAAAGAUCGACCUUGAGCAGCAGAGGGCCCCAUACCUUCCUCAGGAUGGACCCACAGGUGAAAUGGCUCCAGCAGCAAGAAGUUAAACGCAGGGUGAAGAGACAGGCACGGAGUGACCCAAAGACCCUUUACUUCAAUGACCCCAUUUGGUCCAGCAUGUGGUACAUGCAUUGUAGUGACAAGAACAGGCGCUGUCGAUCGGAGAUGAACGUGCAGGCUGCGUGGAAGAGGGGCUACACGGGGAAGAAUGUGGUGGUCACCAUCCUUGACGAUGGCAUAGAGAGGAAUCACCCUGACCUGGCCCCAAACUACGAUUCCUAUGCAAGCUAUGAUGUCAAUGGGAAUGAUUAUGACCCAUCUCCACGUUACGAUGCCAGCAACGAAAAUAAACACGGUACUCGGUGUGCAGGAGAAGUUGCCGCCUCGGCCAACAACUCGUACUGCAUCGUGGGCAUCGCGUACAAUGCAAAGAUAGGAGGCAUCCGCAUGUUGGACGGCGACGUGACCGACGUCGUCGAAGCCAAGUCACUCGGCAUCCGACCCAACUACAUCGACAUCUACAGUGCGAGCUGGGGGCCGGACGAUGACGGGAAGACGGUGGACGGGCCCGGCCGGCUCGCCAAGCAGGCCUUCCAGUACGGCAUUAAAAAGGGCCGGCAGGGCCUGGGCUCCAUUUUCAUCUGGGCAUCUGGGAACGGCGGGAGAGAAGGUGACUACUGCUCCUGCGAUGGCUACACCAACAGCAUCUACACCAUCUCCGUAAGCAGCACCACCGAGAACGGCUACAAGCCCUGGUACCUGGAGGAGUGUGCGUCUACGCUGGCCACCACCUACAGCAGCGGCGCCUUUUUUGAGCGGAAAAUAGUCACCACGGACCUGCGUCAGCGCUGCACCGACGGCCACACGGGGACCUCGGUCUCAGCCCCCAUGGUGGCAGGCAUCAUCGCCUUGGCUUUAGAAGCAAACAACCAGUUAACCUGGAGGGACGUCCAGCACCUGCUGGUGAAGACGUCCAGGCCGGCUCACCUUAGGGCAAACGACUGGAAAUACAACGGCGCAGGUCACAGAGUUAGCCAUCUGUAUGGCUUUGGCUUGGUGGAUGCAGAAGCUCUUGUGGUGGAAGCGAAGAAAUGGAAAGCCGUCCCCUCCCAGCACACGUGCGUCACUGCCGUGGACAAGAGGCCCAGGAGCAUCCCGGUGGCGCAGACACUGCGGACCACUGCCCUGACCAGCGCCUGUGCUGACCACUCGGACCAGCAUGUAGUCUACCUGGAGCACGUGGUGGCCCAGAUCUCCCUGUCACACCCGCGCCGAGGAGACCUUCAGAUCCACCUCAUCUCCCCCGCAGGAACCAGGUCCCAACUUUUGGCAAAGAGAUUGUUGGAUCAUUCCAACGAAGGGUUUACAAACUGGGAAUUCAUGACCGUCCACUGCUGGGGAGAAAAGGCUGAAGGGGAAUGGACCCUGGAAAUCCAAGACAUACCGUCCCAGGUCCGCAACCCAGAGAAGCAAGGGAAACUGAAGGAAUGGAGCCUGAUUUUGUACGGCACAGCCCAGCACCCAUACAACACCUUCAGCUCCCACCAGUCUCGUUCGCGGAUGCUGGAGCUCUCCACACCAGAGCUAGAGCUGGAGCCAUCCAAGCCUGCUGCGUUCCCAGCCCAGUCCGAGGUCCCCGAGGAGGAAGAAGAUUAUACAGCUCCUUCCACCCAAGGCUCUCCUAAUAUUUUACAGAAGAGUAUGUGCCAUCCAGAGUGUGGUAACAAAGGCUGCGACGGCCCCAAUGCAGACCAAUGCUUGAACUGUGUGCACUUCAGCCUAGGGAGCAGCAAGACCAGCAGGAAGUGCGUGAGCACGUGCCCCUUAGGCUACUUCGCGGACACAGCAGCAAGGCGCUGCCGCCGGUGUCACAAGGGCUGCGAGUCCUGCUCGGGUAAGGCCCCCACCCAGUGCCUGUCUUGCCGCAAGGGGUUUUACCACCACCAGGAGAUAAGCGCCUGUGUGACCCUGUGUCCAGUGGGAUUUUACGCUGAUGAAAGUCAGAAAAACUGCCUUAAAUGCCACCCAAGCUGUAAAAAGUGUACUGAUGAGCCAGAGAAGUGCACCAUCUGUAAAGAAGGAUUCAGCCUUGUGAGGGAUACCUGCCUUCCAGACUGUGAGCCAGGCACCUACUUUGACUCAGAGCUGAUCCGAUGCGGGGAGUGCCACCCCACCUGCCAGACCUGUGUUGGGCCCAGCAGAGAAGAAUGCAUUCACUGUGCAAAACCUUUCCACUUCCACGACUGGAAGUGUGUGCCAACCUGCGGCGAAGGGUUCUACCCAGAACAGAUGCCAGGCCUGCCCCACAAAGUGUGUCGAAGGUGCGACGAGAACUGUCUGAGCUGUGAAGGCUCCAGCAGGAAUUGCAGCAAAUGUAAGCCGGGCUUCACGCAUCUGGGGACAUUGUGCAUCACCAACCACACGUGCAGCAACGCCGAUGAGACGUUCUGUGAGAUGGUGAAGUCAAACCGGCUCUGUGAGCGGAAGCUCUUCAUUCAGUUCUGCUGCCGGACAUGCCUCCUGGCCGGGUAGAGGGCGCUGGCCCCUCUUGCCCAC